AUGAACAUGAUGGACUCGGUUGAGGCCGAGUUCCUCGCCGGCUUCGACAUGGAUGAGAUGCGAGCGUUGGAGGACGGGGAUCUCUCCCUGUUCUCUUCAAUCUCAGACGCCGCUGCGUAUCGGUUGCAGACCGAUCUGAGCAUGAUGCAUUCGUCCAAUCCCAGUUACAAACAAAUGAAUGAUGGAAAGCUGAAUGUCCUGGUUGAGGACGAUGAUGACCCACAGGAUCCACAUCGUAAGUUUUGAGGAGAUUUCGCAGUCUGUCGGGAAAAUAAUGAGCGCUCUGCCACAGCGAAAAUCGCAUCGCUGCUGUGAAAAUGAAUUUUGUCGCGGAGAAAAUCAAAUUGCUUUUCACUUCAGCGACGGGGUUGGCGCAGCGACAGAGUGCUCAUUAUUUUCCCGACAGACUGAUAUGGGAAAUUUAUAGGGAACUACAAACUUGUCUAUACCAAACAAUUUACCGUGGCGGACCUGAUCCAUUGGCCAAAAACGUAUUUUUUGCAUUCGGGAAGCAUCAAAAAUGCAGCAAAAUACCUCCCCUUCCAAGUGAGAAAAACUUCGAUUUCAAAAGCGCGCCCAUUCUUUCUGUGAUGGAAAGGGCGCGCAGUUCAAAAAAAGUUUUAUUUUAGUUGAGGAGGGAGGCAUUUUGCCACAUUUUUGAUACUUCCCGGAUGCAAAAUGAUACGUUUUUUGCCACUGGAUCAGGUUCCUCAUUGUAAGACGUCCGAAAAACCAAUUUUUUGACUAUAGCCUUCGUAUAACGAACCCUUUCUAUAACGAACAAAAUUUUUAGCCCCUAUAAAGACCUACUCUUUUCACAAAGAUUAGAGUGUAGAUUAUAAAAAUUGAGUAAAAAAAUAUAUUUACUCAACGAGUAUAUACCGAAGAGAUGUAAAAAAAACCAGAUAUAUCCCUAAAAUUUGGUAUCAAAAAGUAUCCCAGGGAUAAAACAAAGGUUUCUGGGGAUUUUUGCGAUAUAUUUGUAACAAAUUUUUAGUGGUUAAAAAAGCUAUUUAUAACUAUAUCGUGUCUAAUAAUUGUAAAAUUAGUCGAUUUUUAUAUUGAAAAAGAUUUGCAUCGAAAAAUUGAUUUUGUUCAACAGAAGUAGCCAUUUUCUUGUAAAAAAUAAGUUUCAAAAAAAAAAGUUUUGGUAAAAUACGGCGUCAUUCUUAGCAAGUUCAUAGCUCCAUUUUCAGACUCCACCACCACCGGCUCCCCUCCCAACAGCACCAAUUCAGCGAGCAGUACGGACGGCUACAACGACCCUCCCGCCAAUCCCGCCCCAGCCGUUAAUAACAAUGUCAAACCGAACACUCAGCAGCCGCUUCAGUCGCCGGACGACGCUCCAGCGCCCCCACCGCUGAUUGUUUGUCCCAUCGAAGUGGGAAAGACGUCGAUUACGCUGCAGAAGAAUCAGCUGUGCGCUUGCAAAGAGUGCGGAAAGCUGUUCAAGAGCAUCUGGUAUUUGAAGCAACAUGCGGUCAGACACAGCAACGAGCGGCCGUUCAAAUGCAACUACUGCCAAAAGGUAAGACAAGGGCUUGUUUUUUAAGCAAGAGAAGCGUUGGGCAUUAUUGUUAGAUAAAACAGUUACAUCAGACUGUCGGGAAAAUAAUGAGCACUCUGUCGCUGCGCCGAUCGCAUCGCUGAAGUGAAAAGAAAUUCGGUUUUGCUGCGAUACAAUUCAUUUUCUCGGCGGCGAUGAGAUUGUAAAUUAUUGUAAAUUAUUCCAACAGCAGUUGCCUUAUUCUAUCGUAAAGGUAACCUGCAGUGACGGACAGUGGCAAAAAACGUACCAUUUUGCAUCCGGCAAGUAUGAAAAAUGUGGCAAAAUGCAUCCCUCUCCAAAUGAAAACACUCCGAUUUCAAAAGCCGCUCUUUUUGUGAGGGAAAGGGCCCUCACAAACAAAGUUUUUUCACUUGGAAAGGGAAGCAUUUUGCCACAUUUUUGAUGCUUCCCGUAUGCAAAAUGGUACGUUUUUUGCCAAUGGUCCGUCACUCUAGCUUACUCUUUGCAGAAACGACCAAAAUUUUUAGAACGUAGGCUUUUCGCUUGUGCUUUUCAAACCCUAAAAAAAUCUCAUGCGAUUCUGCAGCUUUACUCAAGAAAACCCCACCAAACAUACUAUUUAAUUUCGUUUUGCAGGCGUUCAAAUUCCGCUCCAACCUCUACCAACACAACUGCCCGGAGAGAGUUCGUCAACGUGGCCCUAAUGCGUAAGUUUCCAGUGUCAAUAUGUUGAUUUUUACAGCAUUUUUUUUGUAUUUUACAAAUUUUUUGACCGUUAAAAAAUCAAAAUUGAAUACUUUACACCUUCUUUAAGUCUCGGCUUCAAAAAGAUUGAUAUUCCACUUUAUGAGGCGCUCUAAAAAUCGCUCCAGAUGUUAUAACGGGGAGUUUUUUGGCCAACCAAUUUUUUCUUCAGGCAAGUCUGGCCAGAUACUUUUAUUUUUAAGACAUUUUGGAUCAAAAAAUAUUAGACUUAAUAUAAAAAUAUCAAAUUUAAAAAAUUAUUUUUGAAAUUUUCAAUUUUUAUUUUGUAAAUUUCCUGCUUUCAGGCCAAUUCGAGGGAUGCCCGGAGGGCCUGCGAAUGGUGGAUCCACUCCAAAUUCGAAUGCCAAGUGAGUUUUGGAUUUUUUUCAAAACAUUUUUUUUUUUCGUUUUUUCAAAAAUUUUUCUCGCCAAAAACACGUCUAGUAUAAUAUAAAUGCAAAGCCCAAAAGUCGUGUUCUCAUUUUUAUUUAUAAAUGGAAUUCCAUCCCAGGCCGUACCACUCUUGUUUGUGUUGAAAGUGGCCGAUUUGGGGAGUGACAGCGCUUGUUUUGCAGGGGAAAUAAUAUUGAACAAUUUGUUAUUGGCUUUAUGUAGUCCAUUAGUCAUAAUUUUUUUGGUUAUUGCCGUGAACUCUCUUCGCACUGACUGCUAUCAACUUCUCGCUGUAUGGCGACAAAUAAGCAAAAAUUUUAUUUGUUAUAGACAGGUUUCAUCGCACAGAGGCUCAUUGGCCUAAAAUCGACCCUUGCAAACUAAAUUGUUUGUUAUGGAAAAGUUUCGUUGUAUGGAGAUUCAUUUUGGUCUAAAAUUGACUCGUCAAGCCUAAAUUGUUUGUUUUAGGGAGGUUUUGUUGUACAGAGGUUUUACUUCUAAAUCGACCCUUGUGAUCUAAAUUGUUCCUUAUAGACAAUGUUUCGUUAUACAUAGACUGAUUUGGCCUAAAAUAAACCUUCUCUGUUUGCUCUAGGGAGGUUUUGUUGCACAGAGGCUUUACUGAUUUCUAAGUCGACCCUUGAUAUCUAAAUUGUUUGCUGUAGACAGGGUUUUGUUGUACAGAGGCUCACUGUGGCCUAAUUUCUACUUUUGAAACCUAAAUUGUUCGUUUAAGGAGUUUUUGUUGUACAGAGGUUUUACUUCUAAAUUGACCCUUGAGGUCUAAAUUGUUUGUUGUAGACAGAUUUUUGUGUACAGAAGUUUAUUUUGGACCAAAAUCGAUUCUAUCGCCCUCAGGAACUGUUAGUUAUAGACGGGUUUUGUUGCAAAGAGGUUCUGCUCCUAAAUCGACCUUGUGACCUAAGUUGUUCGUUGUAUUGAAGCUUUGCUGCACAAUUUUCACUUGGCUUAAAACCGAUUCAAGUAUCUUCCAAAAUUGUUCAUUAUACAGAGGCUUUUUUGUACGAAGAUUCAUGGUUGUAUCAAAAUCGACUUUUGAGGCCUAAACUGUUCGUUAUAGGGAGGUUUCGUUGCAUGAGCGUUCGUUGUUCAUCGUAAUCUCCCCAUUACUCUCAUUAGACAUUAAAACCGCCACUCCAAAUUUUUAAUCAUCAAAGAUCUAUUCAGCUUCCUCUUAUUUCGAUUGGAUUCCCUUCGGUUUCCCUCCGAAUCCGGCGCAAAACAAUGCUUAUAAUUUGAACGGAAAAUAGAAGGGAUUCCUUUCCACAGCGAACCAACAUCGAAUGUAUAUAUAUAUUUUGUUGAGGGAAUGAAAGGAGAGUGCGGAAUCCCGAAAGGGUCGGUGUUUUUUUUUUGGAGACUCCUUCUCCUUCUUAACUUUGCUUCCCAAAGGUGGAGGAAGGAAUGGGGAGAACGCGCGCUAGCGACUUAAUCCCAGCAUUUGUAGUGAUCUGGCGACGGAAUUGGGAGAGGGGGUAAUGGGGUUGGAGGUUGGUGGGAAAAGCAACUUUGGCGCUAUAUAUAGGAGAUAUGAAAUGAUGAUUACUUUUUGAACCUAGUGGAUUUCGUCCUUUAAAGUUUAUAUUCAAAAAAUAAGGUACCCCAAAGUAACAAUGUUCCCUCAACUUGUCAUACACUCACAAUGUGGCCUGUGUUGCAACGCCUAGAAUAUCUUUUGGAAUAUUUUUUAAACUGCUUCAGCUCGCGCUACAUAGAUAUUACCGAGUCUUUUGAGUCGAAAGUUUUUGGAAAUGUGACGCUUUAUUGGGAAUUUUGGCAUGCAAUUUUAUGCUGUAGAGGAUAAUAUCUCCACAAAAAAAUUUACUUUUUUCGCACGAGGCAGGCAAAGACAUGGCCAAAUAGUUUUUUCUCUCCGCCCGCUCUCCGCCUUUCGCGUACUCUCUCGGUCGCAAAGAUCGCUGAAUUUCUCGGUUCUCCCCUGCAAAGCGCAAACCAAAAUUUCCAUAAAUUGAUAUGAGGCCUAUCCACGAAAUGUGUCCAAAAUUUUUAAGAAAACCUGAGCGUCCACUUGAGCUAGUUCCCUUGUAAUUUUUGUUGAUGUAGAUCCUUCUUCCCGCGUGCUUUAGCAGCCACUAUUAAACGUACAGCAGCCCUCAAUAUAAUCAAAAAAUGAGGGGAAUUGGAGGAAGCAGCUAUAGAAUCAACAAACCCCAUUUUUUUGUUUUUGUCCACAAACAAAAAGGUUCAAAGUUUCGUUCAUUUCGAGUUUUUUUGUCCAAAUCAAAAAAGUUUUCAAAUUUUGGACGCUGCUUCUGUAUAAAUUUAAUCUUGAGGAUUCUGAAAUUGUUCGUUAUGGAGAGGUUUCGUUUUGCUGAACUCCUGAACACGGCUUUAGCCAUUUUUUUCUUGUUUUUGAGUACUGCAAAGGGCAGAAUGGAAAGGCGCUUCCGGAUAUUUGGGUUUUACAGCUGUUUACUUUGCCUGCACUUUCCAAAUCCGGUUUCCUACUGUUUAUUUAUGAAUUUUUUGGCAAAAUAUUUUGAUCUUUUUCCAGAAAAUGAUAAUAAUUUUCUUUAUCAAAACACAGUAAAACCUCUCUACAAUGAAUCGCAAGGGAGAAAAUAAUGUUUGUUAUUGAAGGGCUUUGUUGUGGAGAGGUUCAUUUUGGCCUAAAAAUGAGUCUGAAGACCUCCGAAAUUGUCGUUAUCUAGAGGUUUUGUAGAACGCCAGUUUGUUGUAUGGAGGUUCCAUGGUUUCUCUAUUGCUUCCCCCCAAAGUAUUAGGGUGAACCAAAAGUUUUUUCGUUUUUUUAUUAAAACUUUAGACAUAAUUUUACAACAAACGAAAACUAGUUAAGUUUCGAAGUAAAGGCCAUUUGAAUCUAUGGCUUGAACCCAUCUAUCGGCAAGCUGUUCGAUCCCGCUGCGGUACCACUCCUUGUUCUUAGAGGCGAAAAACUCGCGGCACCCGUCUUCGACAUCGUCCAGAUCAUUGAAGCUACGACCACGCAGAUAAAUGUUUGGCGUCAUUGCCGUCCUCAUUUAUCAUUCCAAACACAUAUCCCGUAUAGGAAAAAUGUAUUCGAAAACAAGAGACGCGAAAAGUCCUUGGGCUUUGCGGAAUUGGAAUAUCAAAAGAAAAAAAAUAAAAGGAACGCCAGGGCUAUGCGCAUACAUACAUUGUUUUAGAGAGUUUUCGAGGCGGGCUGAGGAUUUUUACUAACGUCUCGGGCGAUGACCAUCAGUCAUAGCGUUGUUACAGUAGGACAUUUCGUCUUGGGUAUUAAAGUGGAACCUCUGUACAACAAAUUUCUAGAACGCAAAAACUGUCUAUAACGAACAAUCUCAAAGAUGUUAAUUUUGAUAAAAUAAACCUCCAGGCAACAAAACCCUUCUAUAACAAAUAUUUUUUUGCACAUUAUGAUUUGCUGUAGAUAGGUCUAUUUUGGAGAAAAAAACGUUUCGUUUUUGAUCUCUAAAAUAAUAUAAAAAUUCAAAAUUUCCCUCAAAAACAGCCCUGCAACAUCUUGAAAUCUAUUACAAAAAUAAAAUCUACAUCUACUUUUUGUCUGUUUCUUUUACAAAUCUUUUGUCGAGAGUCAAAAUUUCAAUAAAUUUCCCACCGUUUAUCCGCUAAUCCCCUUGUUUGGCAUGCACAUUGAUUACAUUUACGCGGGCGGAAAGGACGGUUGUAAAGGUCUCACGUGCCCAAAUUGUUUUUCAUUUCCAAUCUUUUCGAGGGUUUGGCGGUGGCUUUGCAGUUUUUGACAUAAAUUUAGAAUUAUUGCAAAAUUUUUGCAGUUUUUGAAAAAAAAUUUUGGCGUCAGAUUUUGAUGAAACUUGGGGUAAAUGUAAAGUGCUAUUUUGUAUGUUGGAUAAAAAAAUUUUAGUUUGGGAUUUGCAAAAAGAACCGAGAUUUUUUGGUCGAAAGUUUAGAAAAUUUCAAAAUUUUUUUUUUUAAUUUUUUUGAUUUUAAAAUUUCGAAGGCUUGUUAGAGCGAGGUGUAGAAGAUUUCUACAAAAAAUAAUUUUUUUCCAAGCGAAAUUUGAAGAGAUACCGACGAAAAAACAUUUUUUUGUCUGACCGACUCUCCUCAUUUUACAUGAUCUCUCAAAAAAAGAUCAUUGAAUAUCUUGGCCCUUCUUGGCAAUAUUGGGCCAAAACUUUUAGCGAUUACUCUCUGAGGCUUGUAGAAGCUCUACGCAAAAAUUUUUAAAAAUCGAUGAUAUUUGUGGUACCAAAAAAUACUUCUUUUUAUAUUCAAGUCUAGUCUCAAAAAAAUGAUAUUUUUCGCCAAAAAAUUCAAUUUCCCCCGAAAAACUAAUGUAUUCUCCGACCUUCUCCAAUUACUCUUGCCAUUUGUAUCCUUGUUUUGUAUUUUUCACGCAUUUUCGAAGAAAACGGCCAAAUGUUUUGUCGAAAUUGCAGGUUGAAUAGCGUCGUAAUUACUGUUCGGCCUCGAAAUUUCUACAUUCGUGUCAAAUUGAGUUUUAAAAGACAAAAAAUAUGGAAUGAGAUGAGAAUCUAGUGUCCAAUAUUUUUUGUUUAUUUUCUCUUUUUUUCGUUUUGUUCGCACUGUGCGGCCACAAUGGGGAAAUUGGAUCCGCUGCACAGUGCAGAUGUAUCGUAAAUUUUUUUGAGUGAAAGAUUUGGGCAGGGCGAUUUUUUAGGGGGGUUUUGAUGGGGUAGGGAGAGUUGGAGGUCAAGGGAUUUUUUGAGAUUUUUUUUUAUUUUUUUAAAUUAAAAUUUUUUUUUUUUUUUUUUUUUUAUUUAACAAUAAAAAAAUUUUAUAUUAUGUUUUCAAUUUUUUUAAGCCAUAAAACAAUUUUUCUACCAUUUUCAUUCAAAUUUCUGAUUCAAAUUUUAAAUUUCAAAAUUUUUUUAAAUAAUUUUAAAAAAAAAUUAAAUUUUUUUAUUUUAAACUAUUUUUUAAGACUUAAAAAAAUUUUUGACUAGACUUGUCACCAAAAAUUUAAAAAAAAAAAAAAUUUUUUAUUUUCAAUAAAAUUCAAAAAAACUUCAAAAAUUUAAAAAAUUCCCAAAUUUCCCCCUACUUUCAUUAUCUCCCCCUCUCCUCCCGCCCUAAACCACAAACAGAAAAACAAAUUAAUGAGCGGAUAUUAUUCGCCGAGCGCCGCGAAAUCUCCCCCUCUCGGCAUAAAUUUGCAUUCGCCUGCCGUUUUAUUGGCCCAAGCGCCCGUUUCUUUCCCUUUUGCGAAAAAAAUUAUUUUUCAUCUUUUGCCUGGAUAUUUGGAAACGAAUUUUUAAGGUUUUUGCCCUUGUUUUUUCGAAGUUUCGGCUAUACCAACUGUAUUUUAUGAGAUUUCAAAGAUUUUUUUGUACUAAAUUAAUCUCCCAGGGGUGUUUUCUUACUGUAUCGAGCAAUUUUCUGUUAUUGAAAAGGUCUUUAUAUUGAAAUUUGAAUUUUCGCUUAUUUUAGAGGCCUUCUAAUAGGAUUAGCGAGGAAAAGCGGGGGGAAAAGUGAGGAUUAGACGGGAAAUUGCAAGCUAUUUGUGUUUUAGCGGUCUUCAAAUUGUAUUAGAGCAGCAAUUGUAUCAAUAGCUUUGCCGAAAAUUAAGUUUUUGAGAGAAAUUUUGAAUUUUUUGACAAAAAAUUUCAUUUUUUUCAAUUUUUACUAUUUUUUCUUUAGAUUUUAGAUCAAUAAUAGCUUGAUAUAGAUUUUAGCUGGUGUAUUUUACCUUAAAAUCAAAGAAAAUUCGAUUCAAAAUGACUUUUUUCUUCUAAAAAUUUAGUUUUUUUAGCUUUUUUCCCCAUUUUUUUGAGAUUUUUCCAAAAUUUCGACCAAAAAAUCGGUUUUUUCAUCAAAAAUCCCUUCUAAAAAUAAAAAUUACAUUCGGAAAUUGCAUGCAAAUCACGGCGAGUUUGCGUUUCUUUUAUUAGUUGACCUCAUUAUCUCCCAAUUUCAUCCGAUUUCCCAUCGCCCUCGCUUAAAUUUGCGCAAAAACAUAAAUGGAGAAAAAAAUCAGGGGAGAGGGAUUUCGAGUUUUCGUCGCCUUAUUUUUCGAUUCCAACGUUGAUUUUUGAGCUUACUUUCGGUUUUGGAAACUCAAUUUUUUGGGGGGUUGCACGAUGCGAAAUUUAUUGCGAUUGCACGGUGCAAUGGUAAUUUUAUGUUUGUUGCACAGUGCAGUCCAAAUUUUUGUUUAUUGCACAGUGCGGAAAAUAAAAAGAAUAUUUUUUGACUGCACUGUGCAAAAAAGAAAAAAUUUUUAUUGCACAGUGCGAAAAAUAAAAAAAAUAUUUCUCGACUGCACGGUGCAAAAACGAAAAAAAAUUUAGUUGCACAGUGCAGUCAAGACAUUUUUUGCUGCACAGUGCAGAAAAUGAAAGGCAUUUUUUUUGACCGCACGGUGCAAAAAAGGAAAAAAACUUUGUUGCACAGUGCAGUCGAAACAUUUUUUGUUGCACAGUGCAAAACAUGAAAAUUACAUUUUUUCGACUGCACUGUGCAAAAAUAAAAAAAUUUUAUUGCACGGUGCAAAAAAUAAAAAAAUUUUUUUCUUCUGCACUGUGCAAAAACGUAAAAAAAGAUGAUUGCACAGUGCACCCCAAAUUUUUUUAUUGCACAGUGCAAAAAAAUAAAAAUUACAUUUUUUAGACUGCACCGUGCAAACACGAAAAAUUUUUUAUUGCACUGUGCAAUCCAAUAUUUUGUUUAUCGCACAGUGCAACCUUUUUUCAAAUAUAAAUCCUGCACCGUGCAAGCUUCAAAACCCAAAAUUUUACUUUGAAAAAGUCUUUUCAUGCGUAGUAAUUAGUAAUUUGCACUCUCGCACUCCCUUAUUAAACAUUCUGACAUUAGAAAUAUUCUCCUUGUCACUUCAAGACAUUACUUUUUUGAAAUUAAAAUUUGUACUCAAGAGUUUCAAAACUUUUGCAAUCUUUUUACAAGCCAAAUGCUCUGAGGCUCUUCGUAAGAUUGUUGAAAAGUUUUCCGAUCCGAAAAAGCGGGGAAACACCGAUGUUUUCGCUCUUUGUCUUUUCCCCGAAAGGAUGAUUAAUAUUUAUGACCCAUAGGAACGCUUAUAAAUGUGGAAAUUUUAAUUUCGAUAUUCUAUUCCGCGCUUGCAUGGCAUCCAAGUUUAAUUUGCAAGUGCUUAGAAUGGAAGUUUGUGGGAGUGCGGGUCUGAAUUGGGAUUGUCUUUUAUUGCACUUGAUAUUAGUAUAAAGGGGGCCGAAAGUGGGUGUUUUUGUUGUCUUAUCGUAGAGCUAGCUGUAUGGGAAUAAAGGGUGUUAUAAAGGGCUUCAGAUGAAAGACAUUUUUGGCGAAAAAAUUGAUUUUUUCUGGGAAAAUUUUGGAAAAAUUGAUUUUUACAAAAACUUCCAAAAAAUCCAAAAAAUGAGCACGAUGCGAGUUGACGCUUUUACAUGUGAUGUAUAGUGGUCUAAGCUGUCUAUGUCUGAAGUUUCAUCUAAAUCCAUUCAUUGACAAACAAGUUAUUGGCCAAAGACUGACAUCUACUUGUACUAGACGUUUUAUCUUAAAAUUGAUUUUUUUCGACAUAUAGCCCAAUUUCUGAUCUCUAAACUAACUUCAAUUUGUUGCAGAAAGCGAUUCUACACUCGUGGCGUUGGCUACACCGAAAUCUACGACCAACCAGCCAUGGAUCAGAGCCUUAUGAACAACAACAUGAUGGAGAUGCAGAUGGGGCAACAACCGCCUCUCAUGUACGACAUGCCCUUCCCCCCGCAAGAGAACCCACUUCCCAUGCAGAUGAACGAGUUCGGCUACAACAUGAACCAGUUCGAUGUGAAGACGGAGCCAGUUGAAGCGCCCGUUCAGAGCCAAAGCUUCGAAGAGCCGCAGGGCUUCGUUCAUGACGUAAAUAGCGUCCAUACGAAGCCGCUGGACCCCGAGUACAUUGACCAGUAUCUGCAAAAGAACAAGCAUCGAAUCUACACCUGUAAAAAGUGCAAAUUGAACUUCCCGCAUCGCGAGUACUUGCAACGCCACAUGGCCUAUCACAACGACCUCGACAAUCGCCCCUAUGGAUGCGCGCAGUGCCCGCAACGCUUCCACUCGCCGAAACAGUUGGAAAGCCAUCAACAGAAGCAUGCCGAGGACUCACCACACCGUUGCCAACAGUGUGGUGGCGGAUUCAGGUCGGCGUUGGCGCUGAGAAGACACAAGGAUCAGAGCAGACAAUGCUACUGCCCGCCGUUUGGGGUCUACCCGCAGUUGGUAGGUUUUUACCGAUCAAUUUUCGUAUGAACGGUUGCUAAUUUUAUGCAAAUAGUGGUCAAAACGUAUUUUACAAUGAAUUUUCAAUUUUCUCAAAAAUUCGUCGUCAUGACGCAUUUUUUGGAAUUCCAAAAAAUCAAAAAAAAAUUUUUUUUAUCGAGCAUUCAAAAACAAUCGUCAUUAUGACACAUUUUUUGGAAAUUUCGUGAGACUGAUUUUUUUGAAAAAAUCUGUUUUUUGGGCAAAAUCAACUUCAACAAGCUAUUUUCUCUAUAUUUUGCACUUUUCAAAAAAAUACGUCAUCAUGACUUAUUUUUUGGAAAUUUUAAAAAAUCUUAAUUUCAAUGAAAAAUCAAUUUCCUGAAAAAAUUUACUUAAAAUUUUCACUCUUUUAUUUUCCAGAUGGCCUCUCCGAACGCUCCUCUCGACCAAUACGCCUUCAUCGACAGUGACAACGAAGCCGACGAUGACUCCGUGAAAGGGCUCGGCCUGAACCGCCAAAAGUCCACGACCGACUCCGGCAUGGGCUCCGACUCUUCCACGCACUCGUUCACCACCUCACCGGUGAGCGCGCGCAACACCGGCCUCGACGAGGACUUGGAGCACCAAUUCAACCCACCGCAACACUACCCCAUGGCGGCGCCCGACUCCAAGGAGGAGGAGGGCUUCCGGAGUCGGCUGAAUUCGGCGACCACGCAAAGCUGCUCGCCCGGGAGUUCGUUUAGCGGCGACUCGGCCAACUCGCCCGGUCAGCGCAAAUUCAGCAGCGGAAUGCAUGGCGCAGGGGCGGAGUUUGGAUACAAUCUCAGUUUUCAAUACCAACAGAGCGCUCAGCAUCACGCAAGCAUGGGCUAUCAGUAUCAGCAGGGUGCGCAGCAUCAGCACAACGUCGGAAAUGUCCAAUAUAAUGCGAAUUUUUCGGAGAAUUUCGCGUUAAGCGGAAAUAUGACGGCCAAAGAGAGUUUUAAGAAUUUGAUGACUAAAAAUAUGACGUCAUCGAUGGGAAAUUCCAUCAAUCUGACCGCUAAUGUCCCCGUAUCUUCGGGCGAUGAGCUUUUUUCCGCCGACGACUCGGAAAAUCCCCGCAGGGCAGUUUUGUUCGAACAAAUUCAAACCAAAGUUUUGGCGGGCAAAUCGGAAUUGAUGCUGGAAAACUUUGACUCCGAAUUUGGUAUUGAAGCCGAUGAUGACGAAAGAAUGCCUCAGGAAAAGUUCUCAUCGGAUAUUGUUGUUGCUGACCCGGAAGAUUUGGUUGAAAUGGAGAUCAAAAAAUGCAUCAGGUAUGGGUAAAAUACGCAGUAGUAAUAAAUUGAGAUUUUUUGAAAAUUUUAGCAAUUAGAAGUUGGUUUUUUGAUUACUAAAAUUUCCAAAAAAUCCGUCAUCAUGAUAGAGUUUUUACUAAAAUUUCCAAAAAAUCCGUCAUCAUGACAAAUUUUCUACUAGAUUUCCAAAAAAUCCGUCAUCAUGACAAAUUUUUUAUUAAAAAUUCCAAAAAAUACGUCAUCAUGACAAAUUUUUUAUUAAGUUUUUUAGGGUUUUCUUUUUGAAAAUGACUGCUAUGAUGCUCAAGCAAUUGACUAAACAAUUUAUCGAUAUCAAUGGCGUAUUUUACCAAAAUUGUCGUCAUGAUGACGGAUUUUUUGGAUUUUUUUCAAAAAACUCAAAAAUUUUUUUUCGAUUUUAUAUGAUUUUUUUUACUAAAAAAUCGAAUUUCAGGACCUUCCUGACCCUCUUCCUCUCCACUGCCAUCGAUGUCUCUCGCAGCAAAUCCCAAUGA